GGAAUCCUGGCCAUGGACUCCUGAAGCGGUUCUGCCUUCUCUAGCUCAGUGGCAGACCCCACCACCCAAGGCCCUUCCUGCCUCUCCCACAACCAGCUCUCAGGCUCCCCGAGGGAGAGGUGGGAGGGGAUCCUGAUCUCACGGGGCAGGGGGCAUCCAUCAUGAUGCUCAACUCAGACGCCAUGGAGCUGGACCUGCCUCCCGCCCACUCAGAGCCGGAGUCAGGCUUCAGUGACUAUGGGGGCGGGGCGGGCCCGGACGCGCACUUGAGCCGGGAGGAGCGGCGGCGCAGGCGCAGGGCCACAGCCAAGUACCGCACGGCCCACGCCACGCGGGAGAGGAUCCGCGUGGAGGCCUUCAACCUGGCCUUCGCUGAGCUGCGCAAGCUGCUGCCCACGCUGCCCCCGGACAAGAAGCUCUCCAAGAUUGAGAUCCUGCGCCUGGCCAUCUGCUACAUUUCCUACCUGAACCACGUGCUGGAUGUCUGAAGGCGCCCGGGUGCACCCCUCCCCGGGCCCCCCCCAGGUCCCUUCUCCUCGCCCACUGACUAGAACAGACACCUCUCUCCUGAGCCCUGUGCCCUGGCAUGGCGCCCCCCAGGCCUGGGGUAGGGGAUGAUGUCCCCACGGGUCGUGACCGGACCCAGCAUCCCAGGGCUGCUCUCCGGGCACCUUCUCAGUGUGUGGUUGGGCCCCAGAUGUUAGAAGUGUCAGCGGGGAGGGGAGGUCGGUGUCCAGUCCUUGUUGGAUUUACUAAGCUCACCACACAUUGGGUCCCCCCAGCUCUCUCAAGGGCUGCUCCCUCUUCUAUCCCAGGUACAGAU